UUUUCAACGCUUCAUCUUCUACGCACGUGUAAUCGGUUAAUGCUACCAAAUACAGAUGCGCAAAGUUACUACAACAUGACGGAGAAUAUUGGCGAUGUCAACGUAGACGAAGCUAUUUCUUCCUCCAUAUCACCCAAGUCACCGUUAUUGGAUAUUAUUGAACCGUUAUCGAUGACAGACUCUACAGACUCUCUUGAUGUUGAGACCCAUAUAGAUAGCCGAAAAAGUGGAAAAAUGCAGGCUUCUUCUUUAACAGCCACAAUCGGCCAUGAAAUGUCUACUAUACCUACAACAACAACACAAUCACUCUGCAGCAACCCCAGCCUGCCGUUACCAUUGCCAACACUUGGCCUCUUACCAGUUACCGGCGGAGCCGUGACAGCUAAUAAACCAACUUUACCCGCCUUUGAAUAUAUUUCUCCCACAAAUCAUACGCUCAGCAUCGCCGAUUUUCCCUUAAUGGAGCUGAAUAGAGUCGGUGUAUUUCCUGCGUUCCUCCAUCGACGUUCGCGCGGCGAAAAGCGUCCCAUACCGGACGAGCAAAAAGAUGAGAAAUACUAUGAACGACGUAAACGAAACAAUGAAGCGGCAAAAAAAUCACGUGAUGCCCGAAAAAUACGCGAAGAUCGUAUUGCAUUCAGAGCCGCUCUACUUGAGCAAGAGAACUCGAUUUUGCGUGCACAGGUCAUGGCCCUACGCGAUGAAUUGCAAACUAUGCGUCGGCUCGUUGGUUCAAGUUCAACGACUGCAACAGCCGCUGUUUUAGGUGCUAGCGGCAGAGGUCUAAUAGCGUUGUAA